AUGGCAUCUCAGACUAUUCAUGAUAUUGCGACGAAAGGCUUUGAUGACGCCCAGUCUUAUGACGCACACCGGCCAUCUUACCCCCCUGCUGCUGUCGCCAGUCUUCUGGGACAUCUCGGUCUCGAGGGUCAAUCUGGACGCCAUAUCCUAGACCUGGCAGCUGGCACUGGCAAAUUCACUGAGCUUCUAUCUGCCAGGCCGGAAGGAUACAAAAUUAUUGCCGUAGAGCCGUUGGACUCGAUGAGAAACACCCUUGUUGCCAAGAAACUCCCCAAAGUAGACGUGCGGCCAGGUACGGCAGCUGAAAUGAAGGACGUGGAAGAUGGAUGGGCUGACGGCUGCAUUGUGGCUCAGACUGACAUUUUUGAAGGCCUUUCACUGUGGGAGCAGGAGCUCAGCGAGCUCAACUUCAACGAAAAGGUGGACAACGAGCCUCGGUUCCGACACUUGCUAUGGAAGAAAGUCUUCGACCGUCAAGCCGAAGCUGAGAAGCCAUUCUUUUCCACGCCCAUCGAGACCGAAAAAAUCACAUGGUCGAUUUGGUUGACCCCUGAUGCUUUGUGGGACAGAUUCGACACACUUAGCUGGAACAAACUUCGGCAAGGGGAGGAGCGUCGACUGUUCAGAGAGAAGUUCGACAAGAUCAUCAGGGAGGGCGAUGCCACGUUCAAUGAGAACGGUGAGGUUGAGCUUCAUGGGUGCACUUUCUUUGUCUGGACGUCACGUUUGAAUGGUCCAGAGUGA